CAUAGUGAUGCCAAGAUGACCUCUUUUUCAGUACUUGAGCCAUUGUGUAAUAUCCUGCUAAUUUCUAAUUGCAGCAGAUCAGAUGAUGAUUCUGGGUCAGCUUCAGGUUCUGGAUCUGGUUCAAGCUCUGGAAGCAGUAGCGAUGGAAGUAGCAGCCAGUCAGGUAGCAGUGACUCUGAAUCCGGUUCAGAGUCAGGCAGUCAAUCCGAAUCAGAGUCUGACACAUCUAGAGAGAAGAAACAAGUUCAAGCUAAACCUCUGAAAGCUGAUGGAACUGAGUUUUGGAAGUCCAGUCCAAGUAUACUUGCUGUACAGAGAUCAGCAGUGCUCAAGAAGCAACAGCAACAACAAAAGGCAGCAUCAUCAGACAGUGGUUCGGAAGAGGACUCAUCCAGUAGUGAAGAUUCUGCUGAUGAUUCAUCCAGUGAAACCAAGAAGAAAAAGCAUAAAGAUGAAGACUGGCAAAUGUCAGGGUCAGGGUCAGUAUCAGGAACUGGUUCUGAUUCUGAAUCGGAGGAAGAUGGGGAUAAAAGCAGCUGUGAAGAAAGUGAAUCUGACUAUGAGCCAAAAAACAAAGUCAAAAGCCGUAAACCUCCAAGCAGGAUUAAGCCAAAAAGUGGGAAAAAGAGCACAGGACAGAAGAAGAGGCAACUUGAUUCAUCAGAGGAGGAGGAGGACGAUGAUGAAGAUUAUGAUAAGAGAGGAUCUCGUCGCCAGGCAACAGUGAAUGUUAGUUACAAAGAAGCUGAAGAAACCAAGACAGAUUCUGAUGAUUUACUGGAAGUUUGUGGAGAAGAUGUCCCACAGACUGAGGAAGAUGAAUUUGAAACUAUAGAGAAAUUUAUGGACAGUCGAAUUGGCCGAAAAGGAGGUAAUGUUUAACAGUGUUUCUAAGAUA